UGCUCAAUGAAAUUCUUUUGUUGUGGGCCAAGACCGACCUGCCACCAUUUGACAACAGCAGUUUAUAAUCGACUAGAAUGGGUGAAAGAGUUCAACACCCGAAUAAACAUUUCAUUUGUUCUUUCGCUGACUGUAAAUCGACGUUUUCAAAGCUGUGGAAGUUGGAAGCGCAUUACUGCAGACACACGGGACUGAAGCCGUUUGCUUGUGGAAACUGCGAGAAGAGCUUUUGUACCCGUUACCAGCUCACCCGACAUCAACUGAGCCACAGUGGGGAGAAACCCUACCUUUGCUCAGUCAGUGGGUGUUCAAAUGCGUUCUCCACGCCUGGCAGCUUGAGGAACCACGUUGCUCAUGUUCACCAUCACAAAGAGAGGUAUUAUGUGUGUAACCAUCAAGGCUGUGGAAAGGAGUUUCGUAAGAAAAAGCAACUGAAGAUUCACAUGUGUGAGCACACAAAUGAGUUGCCCUUUGAAUGUGACUUUGAGGGAUGCAACAACAAAUUUGUUUCCUCUAAAGCUCUAAAACGACAUGGGAAGGUACAUGAAGUUUACCUAUGUGGUGAGGAGUACUGCAACUUCAAAGGAAAAACUUGGUCAGCGUAUCAAAAGCACAAAAAGACUGCACACAGAGUAACCCUGCCAUGUGAUCAAUGCAAGAAGAUCUUCCACAAUGCCUGGUUUUUGCAGAAGCACAAACAAUCUGUUCACUCUGGGGAGCGGCGCAUGUUUAAGUGCUCCAGAGAGGGCUGUCAAAAGAGCUACACCAAAAGCUUCAACCUCCAGAACCACAUUCUGGUCUUCCAUGAGGGAAAGCGUGACUUUACCUGCUCUUUUGCAGGCUGUGGAAAAGCCUUUGCUAUGCAGGAAAGCCUGAAGAGGCAUUCUGUAGUCCAUAACCCUCAGAAGUCAAAACUGCAGAAGCCAAAAGUCAAGCAGUGCAAACGCAAGACGACUCCAUCCAAAACUAAACUGUCAGAUGCAGCUAAACUAUCUGAGCAUCUUAAAAAUGUGUCCUUGAACAAGACUGGAUCAAAGAAGCCAUUGCCUUAAUUUUUUCUCUUUCAUGGAACAAUCCCCUUUUGUCCCAUAGUUUCCUUAGUUUCUAAGUUUUGUUGAGUUUAUACAGACAUGAUGAUUUCAGUUUAGAUUCAUUUAUGAAAUAAAUGAUCACUGCUGCAACUUUUGUUUUGUGGUGAAUAAAGUUCAUGAUGGUGGAAGAGGAACAGUCUCUGCUCACGUUGACUUUCAAAAAGAUAGCUUAUGCAGUCGAUUGGGACCUGCAAUCCAGCCCAACCUCUACCAUUGACCUAAAAAUUUGAUGUCAAAGGCAGUUGGCAGUUUAUAGAGCUCUGCAGUGACAAUGUAUAACACCCUGGUUCCCUCUACUACAACCUAAUAGGAUUUUCCAUUGACUUUGAUUAUUGCAGAAAAUGAGCUCUGUCAAGCAAAAGUGUCUUAGAUGUUUUGUUCAUGAUAAUCUUCACAAAUGAACUACUUUUAUGAGUUCUGAAGCCUAAAUACAGUCACCAGAAGUAAAAAGCUAAACAUAGGCUAUAAAUGAACUACACCAGAGUUGCAUCACUUAAACAUCACCACUGAAAGUUUGAGUUAGAAUAGAUGGCAAAAAAGUGGACUAGUGACUAGACGAGUUCACCUGUUUGGUGUGACAUUUAAUGUCCCUGACAACCUCUGUUGUCCCAUUUAGCCACUUGUUAGCAACCACCUUUUUCAAGACAAGUAAAAGCUGUAAAAUGUUACUAUUGAUGUAUUUUAUGUCAUGAAAUAAAGUGUGAAAAUAUCUUAAGCUUGUGUUAACCACAAACCUUAUUUUAGGUUUAUUUUAACCUUUUGUACUUCAUGAAGAUUUUUAGGUUGUGUACACUGAUACUUUUUUUUUUUUUUUUUUUUUUUUUCUGUAGUUACUUUUUUUCCUGCUAGAUGGUGUAGUUAUGGCAUUUACCAGCAGGAGCUAAUGGGGGACAUGCUUAA